CGCCCUCAUCAAAGCACUUGAUCGUAACCUUGUCUUUCUGUCUCCCGGCGAGCGGGAAAAUCAAAGAAAAGCUAAACAAUAUCAAAACAAGCUUAUCAUGAAUUGGGAAUAGGAUCAUAUUGUGUCUUGGCUGUGAGAUUAUGGCCGGACGAAGGACGAGACGUAACCCUGCAACUUCUGCCCAGUCGACGGUGAGAAGUGACAACCCAGAACAGGGUGUGAUAGUUCCAGUCAAUGGGUUGGAAACGGCACUAAAUAAUGUGGCUAACAUGAUGGCCAACAUUAUGGAACGAUUGGAUAAGGCUCUUCCAGGUCCAUCCGGUACCCGGGACAUCCCUACCAGGCAACCUCGCCAGGUCCUGCGUACUGCGAGUUCUCCUAUCCUCCAGGAGCUCCAUGAUUCAGAGGAGGUUGAAAGGGAAAGGCGAGCCAUUGACAGACGCCGGGCGGAGGAAUUGGCCCGGAAUAGCAAGGUGAACGAAGGCCAGGCUAAGGAUCCAAGCCGGAUUUUCGGCGAUGGAAAUGAGAACCCGCGAGCAUCUGUCUUUGAAAGGAUAUCUCGCCAGAAAGCUCACGUUAGUGAGAGACUGGGGAAGAAUCCGGAAAAGGCACCCCAGGGUUGGAUACGACCCCAAGCCAGCCAGGUGGCAUCUUCCAAUCGCGAACCCCGGCAGCGAGACGGCCGAGGCGCGAGCCAAGUGCUUGUCCGGUCAUUAAGGAAUCUGGAGGAGGACGAGGUCCAGAGCCAAGCCAGGAUCCCAGCACCACGGCGUCUGGGACCGGCGUUGCCGGAAGCUGGUGAAUUCCAGGAUCUGAGGCAGCAGAUCCAGGAGAUGCAGAGGAAGAUAAACAAGGGUCGAGUAUUCACCACCCAUGCCAGUGACGCACUCAUGUGCCGGUGCUUCUUGCAGACCGUUGAUAGCAAGGUCGCGGAUUGGGUCAACCAUAUCCCUGCCGGAUCGAUCCGGACAUGGGAUGAAUUGGGACUGCGGUUCCUAGAGCAUUUUGCUGGGAACUGUCGUCCCAAAAAGCAUUUCACUCACUUGGCGUCAGUACGACAGAAGCAUGGAGAAUCCUUGAAGAAUUUCCUUAUCCGAUGGAGGAAAGAGUCCAGGGAGGUUGAAGGAACCGAUGAUAAGUCCAGGUUGGCUAUGUUCACGACGGCAUUGCAGGAUGGACUCUUUCACACCGAUCUCACUACUCAUCCCCCGGAUACCUUCGAAGAAGCAAUGGUCCGGGCGGGAAGGUAUGUGACCCUGAAAGAAAGAAAGGAGGAGAAGAAAGAGAAAACUCCUAAGGAAGAAGAGAAGUUGGGGAGUAAGAAGCCGUUCAAGAACAAGAAGCAAGGCUUCCCGGACGGCCCAAAGGGCGCAAAUCCUGGGACUUCGGAGAAGCAUAAAUCUGCCAACCCGGUCUUCACACUGCCAGUGGCUGAGGUCAUGGCCCAUGCUGCACAGCAGGGACUCAUGACUUACCCAACCUAUUCCCAGAAGGUCUGCAAUGUGGAAGACACUGGAAAAUGGUGUGCCUACCAUCGCAAGAAUGACCACAACACGGAAGAUUGCUAUACUUUGAAGAAUGAGAUGGCAAGGCUAAUCCGCCGGGGUCAUCUAAAGAAAUUCGUACAAGAUGGCGAUGCAGGAAAUCCCGGGAAUGCUCAGAAUGGAAAGCGCAAAGAUAAAGAAGUGGCCCAAGCUGAGGCCCGGGAGAAACGCCAUGUCGGGCUUGAAGAGGAAGAGGAGGAUUCGGAACCCGCACUGCAUCGCCAGAAGAGACACCACGGGUGUAACUUCAUCAUUGGAGGAAAUACUGGCGGGGAUUCAGCCACGAGCCGGAAGAAAUGGGCUAACGUGGCGAUGGUCAACAAGGUGCUGGUCCCGGAAGGUAAGAAGCUGAAAACCGAGCCAAUUGUAUUUUCUAAUGCUGAUCUUCCAGAGACAGGGGUCCCUCAUAGGGACGCCCUAGUAAUUACUAUUGAUAUAAUGGACUUACUGAUCCACAAAACCCUUGUGGAUACGGGAAGCUCCGUUAAUAUCAUGUAUAUGGAUACGUACAAGGCUCUCGGUUUGACAAGAGAUGAAUUAUCACCCAUCAAGACUCCACUAACCGGGUUCACUGGUGACUCUAUUGAACCGGAGGGGGUAAUAACCCUCCCGGUUGAGAUAGGGGAUACUAAGGCAACCCGGAAGCUGGAUAUGGAGUUUGUCGUGGUGGGGAUAAUCUCCAGCACGAACAUUAUCUUGGACAGACCCGGAUUGGAAGAUUUGGAGUGUGUUAUCUCACCUCGUCACCUGUGCAUAAAAUUCCCAACCCCCCAUGGAGUUGGAAUUGCCAGGGGAUCUCAGAGAGUAUCCCGGGCAUGGUACUUGAAGGCAACCAAACAGCCGGUCAAGUACGAUACCCAAGUAGGAGAAGUGACUGCGCAACUCCUGAGGGCUGAGGAAAAAUGUCCCAGAGUAGAAGUGGCUGGCGACAUUGAAGAAGUGGAAUUGGAGCCAGGCACGCCGGGAAGGUUGGUCAGGAUCGGCAAGGACCUGGGGGCUGAACUCAGAUCACGAGUGAUUUCAGUCCUUAGAAGGUUCAGAAGGGUCUUUGCGUGGAGUCCAGCUGAUAUGCCAGGGCUGGAUCACAAGAUAGCAGUUCAUCGCCUGAAUGUGCUGCCGGAUGCUAAACCAGUGAAACAGAAACGAAGGCAUUUAUCACAGGAAAGAAGAGAUUUUGUAAAGAAGGAAGUAGCAACCUUGCAGAGCAUUGGGCACAUCCGGGAGGCUCACCGGAUUAUUGUGCUCACCAAUGAGCCUUUGGCGUCACUUACCCGAAGCCCGGCGGCAUCUGCCCGGAUGACCAAGUGGGCGGUCUUUAUCAGUCAGUACAACGUGGAAUUCAGGCCGCGCCCAUCCAUCAAGGGGCAAGCACUCGUCGACUUUCAAGUCGAGUGCACCGCUAGAGAAAUGACAAGAGCCCAAGUUAAAACCCGGGUGGAGAAGGACUGGUGGAUAAUGAGCAUCGAUGGAUCUUCUGGGUCUCGAUCUUGCAGAGCAGGUAUCGUCUUGAUCACCCCAGAAAAAUUCCGGAUUUAUUACGCUAUCAGAUUUCAGUUCCGCGUGUCCAAUAAUGAAGCCGAAUAUGAGGCCCUGAUCAAUGGAUUGAAGAUUCUUAGUAAGAUGGGAGUAUCCAGGGUUCAGGUAUCAGCUGAUCCCCCGGAAUGGCUGGACCGGUUGGCCAAAUACAUUGAGGACGGUGAGGCCCCAGAGGAUCCCCAAAAAGCACGUCUAUUGCGAAUGAGGGCACCUACCUACAAGGUACAGGAUGGAGUCCUCUAUAAGCGAUCCUACAACGGGGUCUUACUCCGUUGCCUCAGGGCAGCAGAGACGAAGGCGCUGAUGGAAGAAAUACACGAAGGAGUAUGUGGAGCACAUCAGGGUCCUUAUUCCAUUUCUAGAAGGGCUAUCAUCCAGGGAUACUUUUGGCCAACAAUGAGGAAGGAUUGCGAAGAGUAUGUACGCAAGUGCCCGACCUGCCAACAUUUCCAGAAUAUACCCGGGAGGCCAGCCACAAAUUACACUCCCAUCAGCUCCGUGAUUCCCUUUUCAAGAUGGGGAAUCGAUCUUGUGGGAGCCCUGCCAAAAGGGGCAGGGCAAGCAAGGUGGAUUGUGGUUGCGAUAGACUAUUUCACAAAGUGGGUGGAAGCUGAGCCACUUGCAGGGAUCACCGGAAGGCAGAGGAUUGACUUCGUCGGAACCAAUAUACUCUGCAGGUUCGGGGUCCCGAAGCAGAUCAUAUCAGACAAUGGAACCCAGUUUGAGGAAGCCGAGUUUCAAGACUUUCUCAAAACUUGGGGAAUUCAGCACACGUCUGUUGCGUAUCCUCAAGCUAAUGGACAAGUGGAGAAUGUCAACAGAACAAUCAUAGACGGAAUAAAGAAGAAGCUACUUUCCGAAGGAACCAAAUGGGUGGGGGAUUAUGUUCUGAGGAAACGAGAGAAAAGUCAACCAACUAAGGGUGGGAAGCUGGUUAAGAAGUAUGAAGGACCUUAUAUCAUCAAGGCCGUUGUUCGCCCAGUUGGGCUCUACCCCGACUUAUGGUCUCAAAGGAAAUCCAGGCCCAAGAUGACAAAGCCCAGAGGUCCACCUCAUAAGUUGAGAAAAGCUGCGUAAAAAAGGAGAAAAAAAAGAGAGAUACGUGUGAGAUAGAAGAGCCGAAGACUCCCUCUCCUAUGUUGGGACGGCUUCUUCAAGCACAGCUAGAGCCGGAGAAACCGCAGCAAGAAUUGCAGCGCACAAGGAAGUCCUAAUCGAAGACGGAAGAGACGAAGAGCACCUAUAAAUUGAGGGAGGGCUGCGAAGAUCAUCACCACCACCAAUCAAGAAGAAAAUCAGAGCUAAAACCAAAGGGUAAUAACCCUAGGGGGUUCGG